AUGGCGUCCAAAGGUGAUCAUGAGGUCCAGCACCUUCGCAAGGCCGCUGAGAAUGAGGUCGAGGAGAAGCUGGGCCAGUCGGCCAUCUUCGAGGCCAAGCAGGCCUCCGAUGAUGAACACGCCCAAACUCUGUUGCAGGCACUCAGCCAGAACCGCAAGGCUGUGCUUUGGUCUGUCUUGAUUUCCAUGUCCAUUGUCAUGGAAGGAUACGAUGUUAUUCUGAUCAACAACUUCUUCGCCUACCCGGAAUUUAAGAAGAAGUAUGGCAGCUAUUAUGAAGGGAUUGGAUACCAGGUGUCUGGUCCUUGGCAGACUGGACUGACCAUGGCAGCCACCACUGGUGCCAUCUUUGGCGGUCUCAUGAACGGCUUCUUCGCUUCGAGAUACGGCUACCGAUGGGUCCUGAUUGCCGCAAUGGGAUUCCUCAACUGCUUCAUCUUUGUCGUCUUCUUUUCCAACUCUGCUGCGGUGCUGCUCGUCGGUCAGAUUCUCUGUGGUUUCUCGUGGGGUGUCUUUGCCACGCUAAGUCCUGCCUACGGCCAUCAAACAGCCUCCGAGGUCUGCCCCACCAACCUUCGCGGUUACAUGACGACUUAUGUUAACCUUUGCUGGGCGACUGGUCAACUUAUUGCCGCCGGCGUCCUUCGUGGCUGCCUUAGCAUCGAAGGCGAGAUGGCAUACAAGAUUCCCUUUGCUAUCCAAUGGCUUUGGCCCAUUCCAUUGAUGGUCGUCGCUUACCUCGCCCCCGAAAGUCCUUGGUACCUCGUCCGUAAGGACCGUCUCGAGGAAGCCCGCCGAUCAAUUGAGAGACUCAGCGGAAACAAGACGCAAGAACAGAUGAACGCACAGCUUGCCAUGAUGGUCCACACCACCAAAGUCGAAGCCGAUGUUACAACUGGUGUGUCGUACAAGGACUGCUUCAAGGGCGUUGACUUUCGCCGUACCGAAAUUUGCUGCGUUGCAUUCGCCGGCCAGGUCAUGUCUGGCAGCAGUUUUGCGUACACCCCGACAUACUUCUUCACCACUGCCGGCAUGAACACCGCCAAUGCAUUCGAGCUAAGCUUGGGUGCCAAGGGCAUGGCAUUCCUUGGCACAGUGCUUUCUUGGUGGCUCAUCUCCUAUUGGGGACGCCGACAGAUUUAUGUCACCGGCAUGGGAUGUCUGACGGUUAUUCUCUUCAUUAUCGGCAUUCUAGAUGUUUCCGCCGGUAAGAAGGGUCUCUGGCCGUCUGGUGGACUUUGUGUGUUCUGGUUGUUCAUCUACGUAAGUGAGUCACUUACCAUCGGACCGAUUACAUACAGUAUUAUUAGUGAAACAUCGUCGGUCCGCCUUCGCCCUCUUACUGUUGUUUUGGCACGAAUUGCGUAUCAACUUGUCAACAUUGUCUCGCAAGUCUUGCAGACUUACAUGAUGAACCCAACGGAGUGGAAUUUGAAAGGAAAGGCAGGCUUCUUCUGGGCUUGUACCGCCGGUAUCGUCUUUGUGUGGGCGUUCUUCCGACUGCCCGAGGCCAAGGACCGCACAUAUGAGGAGCUGGACAUUCUGUUUGCCCGCCGCACCCCAGCCAGGGAAUUCGCCAAGGCUCACGUGGAUGCAUAUGCGACUUCAAGUCAGGUCGAGGAUGUUCAUGAGGCAAACGUAAAGGAAGACAAGUGA